AUGGAAUGCCAUACUUGUGCCCACAAAGGACAUUUUGCCACUCAUUGUCCCGCCAGGAAAGCAAAAACGGUCCACGCAGUGUUGGCCGAAAAUGGAAGUGGUGAAAGUUCAGAAGAAGAGCUGUUUAUCGGUGCACUGGAAGCCUUGGAUGAAGGAGAGGAUCGGUUCGAAACAGUGAAAGUCAAUAUCAGAAAAGUUUCGGUGAAAUUAGAUACUGGUGCCCACUGCAAUGUUCUCCCGCUUUGGAUGGUAGAGAAAUUAGAGCUGUUGCCGCUAAAACCCUCGCCAACAAAGUGGUUGCUGACGUUCUCGAAUCACAAGAUGCGAGUUCUAGGGGAAGUUGACCCAGUUUGCACCGUAAAGCAAAAGCAGUCCCGGAUUACGUUCAAAGUGGUCGAGGAACGAGUAAUACCAUUACUCGGUAGGAAAACAUGCAUAGCACAGAAAAUGAUAACUCGAAUAGACUCUCUCGAGAUAGAUGACGUCGAGGUGUACGAUGGUCUUGGUUGUUUGAAGGGCUACAUUUAUGACAUCGACCUAGUAGAAAACGCACAGUGGGAAAGUCGACCAGCCAGGCACGUUCCACACAGUAUUCGGGAUCAAGUGAAGAAAGAACUUGACGCAAUGGAUAAACUGGGAGUCAUCGAAAGGAUUCAUUAG